AAGUAUUCGCUAGAAUAGGAGCCCUAAAAAGCUCAGCUGUGAACCCCCCCCCCCCUAAAUACGCGGCCCCGCGAUUGACCAGUCUUUCUAAUUCUAAACCACCUUUUUUGGGGUCACGCAUGUGUACAGCAAUAUAUUUGACUCCCCCCCCCCCCCGGGCGAGGAUCAUUGUACUGAAUAAUAGUACCGGUAUGCGUGACAUCGCACUCCACUACCCUAUACUUCUGCACUACUCAAGUUCAUGGCCUACAAUUCACAUGAUUCAGCGAGGAAACAGAUCGAAAUACAUCGUUGGACUGAACGACAGUACAAAGUACGACUAUACUCUGUAAAGAGGACUGUAUACUCAACGGAAGAAGAAGAAGAAGAAGAACAAGUGUUACACAUUUUAAAAAUCAGCAAUAAAUAAAUAGGUCAAGCUCUCGAUCCCGGCACUUGAGAAUAAAUUUGUGUAGCAACAUCAGCCAUCAUGGCUUCAUACACGAUCAGGAAAGGCAGAAUAGAGGACUGUGAAGCUCUCUUCGAGCUUGCUAUGAAACUCCGUGUACACACCGGUGAUGCAGUUUUCGGAGGUCCAGUCACCACAGAAGAAAUGCUAAGAGAAGAUGGAUUUGGACCUAAACCACGGUAUAGGUUCUACCUGGCAAUUUAUUCACCACCUGAAAACGGACCUCAAACCAUUGAAAAGGCAGUCGGUUUCGUAGGUUUGAGCGACAUGUUCUGCCCGUUGUCUGGGCGUACGUCAUAUCUUACUGGGCUUUUCGUAGACGUGGAGCAUCGAGGUAAUCAUCUAGGAGUGGCACUAAUGAAAGCAGUAGCACAGGAUUGCGUGAAACAGAGAAGCAGCAGGCUCAGUUUUGCAGUGGAUACCAACGAUCUCGAUACCAGGAAAUUUUACGCUGCAGUUGGAGCAACAAAUCUUACCGAGUCGACUACUCCAAAUGAAUACUGGAGAUUUUUUGAGCCGAACAUGAAAAAGCUAGCAACUGGCGACGAGCUAAAAUCUUCAAGUGGCAAAACUAUUGCAUUUAAAACCGACUAAUAUCAAUCAUGAAUAUAGAAGUUGGUUAUUCACAGAAGCCCCCAAAUCACGACUUUACUCGGCUUUCUUAGAUGGGAAUAAGGGAGUAAAUUCUAAAAAAGGAGAAAAAUUUGAUGUGAUAACUAAAGCUCUCAAUAUGCUGCAAUUUACAGUUCAUUCAUGUCAAUUGGCAACCUUGGUGUUUGAACUGUUCGCAUUAGUUGACAUGUCAUUGGUAAAAGCUGUCAAAAUUAUGUUUUUAGGCCUAUGGAAGAAACUUUUGAUGUUGACUGGAUGCUCUAUCUUUUCUCUCAGAAUGAUGAUCCCCAAAUACAAAAUAAUGUUUGUUCAUGCAUGACCGAACAAUGGCUUUGUUUGACUAGGGUGUCGAAAAUGGCUUGCGCCAAAGGAAAGAAAUGGACACAAUUCAAGCAGCAGAGAGCUGGGCACUCGCAGUCGAAUAAUUGCUCUUUGCAUGAUGUGUGCUUAUGUUUUAUUUGUUUGUCGAUUUCAUACAAUAAUUUAUUUUCUUAUUUCUUUUACGCACGACUGAGGAAAAUUUAUGCGUAUAAGUGAUAACUUUACUAAACCUCUUACCGGAAGUACACAGAUUGAAAGGUAAUUUGACAAAUCAAACUGUCAGUUAUUUGCUCUAAGAGGUCCAAUAAACAAUAUUGUUUUUUAUCAUACUUCUCUACCUGUGUUUCAUUGUCAUACUAAAUAUAAGGCUCUGGUUAAAAUAAUUUAUUGUUGUUUGCAUUCAUUUUCAUAAAUUCCCUGCAGGAUCUUUAGGGUAUCUUAAUCCAGUCAAAAAACAAAACGAAAUAAUAAAGUCCCAAAAUAAAUAGAAUAUUUAAAUCAUGAUGAUGAUAGGCAUAAUAAAAAAUGUUAAACUUUUGAUCUAAACACAAGAAAUCAAAUCUCAAAGACUUACCUUGAAAUUUUUCAUUGUCAAUCAACACAGAGACCUUUAAUGGUGAUAUAAAUUAACACAUAUAACAUAAACACAACACAGGUGAGUCCGGAGGUGAGUCCAAAGAGCAGUUCAUUUGAUCAAGAAUACUCUAUUUAGUUGACUCUAUCAUUAUACCACUUUCCAUCAUUUUGCACGAGCAUAAGUUUUGACACUGACAAAACAAUUGUCAGUGUUCGGCGCAUAUUAAGAUCUCAUGAGCAUCCCUAUAUUGUUGGGUUAACCGCAUCAGUUGAUGUUAUAUCAAAUUAUGGUGAAAUCAGGCUUCGUAAUUAAGAUGUAAAUAAGAUCAUUUUAGUCAUUACAUUUUCAAAUAUCAUACUUUAAUCAAAUUUAUUGGAAUACAUGUACUUGGCCCAUUUUUAUUGUAUGAUUUUACUUGCCUCUUCUUUUUUAAAAGUAUAUUUUAUUUUUGUUUGUCAACUUCAUUGACCCAUUAAAAUUUCAUUACAUCA